GUCAUAGCCGUGUAGACCAUCCUAAACAAAAAAACACAGCAGCAGCCUAUUAUCCCGAUGAUUUUCAAGUAUUAAAGAAAAAAGUCAUCACGUCUUCCGGCCUCUUUCCAUAUCUAGACGUGCUGUUCAUCUUCUUCUCUUCAAAAUUCAUGGCGACCUGACAGAACCCAUAAAAUUUCUUUGAACAAAACCCAAUUCAUGGAAAUAAAGAAACCCUAAUCCCUGUUUUUCUGUUCGUAUUUAUGUAAAUAUAAAUAUUCACUUGUUUCCUUGAGUUGGGUUUGUCGUGGGCGAGAUCAUUGCAGAUCUGGGCUGGGGUCGAUUCGGUAGUUUCUUGUGGACUAAAUAUUAUAUGUUGCUGCUGAAGUCGCAUAUUUUUGGUUUUGAUGGAUUAUGACCAUUCCAUUCUGAUGGAUAAUGAUAAAGAAAAUUCAACAAGGGAGCAUGUUCAGCGUCUCUUCAACAAGAAUGUUGAGUUGGAGAACAAGCGUAGGAAAGCAGCACAAGCCAGAGUUCCGUCAGACCCAAAUGCGUGGCAACAGAUGCGUGAAAAUUAUGAAGCCAUUAUACUGGAAGACCAUGCUUUCUCUGAACAACACGACAUAGAGUAUGCUUUGUGGCAGUUGCAUUACAGGAGGAUUGAGGAGCUACGGGCUCACUUGAAUGCCGCUCUAGCUUCUUCAGGAUUAGCUGCUUCUCAGAAUGGGAAAGGUCCAACUCGAGAAGGUCCAACUCGAGGGGGACCUGAUCGGGUUUCAAAGAUCCGUUCCCAGUUUAAGACUUUCCUUUCGGAGGCCACUGGAUUUUAUCAUGAUUUAAUGUUGAAGAUAAGGGCGAAGUAUGGUCUGCCACUGGGAUAUUCUUCUGAUGACCCAGAGAAUCAGAUUUCCAUGUCUAAAGAUGGAAAUAAAUCUUCUGAGUUGAAAAAGGGCUUGAUAUCCUGUCAUCGUUGUUUUAUUUAUCUGGGGGAUCUUGCUCGUUACAAAGGCUUAUAUGCGGAAGGUGAUUCUAAAGCUCAGGCUUUUGCAGCAGCAUCAAGUUACUACUUGCAAGCUUCUUCACUUUGGCCUUCAAGUGGUAAUCCUCAUCAUCAGCUUGCUAUACUGGCAUCAUAUUCUAAUGACGAGCUGGUUUCGAUCUAUCGUUAUUUUCGAAGUCUGGCAGUGGAAAACCCAUUCGUCACUGCACGGGAUAACUUGAUCAUUGUAUUUGAGAAGAAUCGACAGAGUUAUACCCAACUACUUGGUGAUGCUAAAGCUACUUCAGUCAAGACUGUAUCUUCCCAGAUGCCUGGGAAAGGGAGAGGCAAAGGUGAAACUAGGCCUUCUAUUAAGGAUGAUAAGGUGGAUUCAAGUGCAGUCAAGGAACGUGUAUUUACUGCAUCUGAAGUCUUCAAAGCCUUCAGCAUUCGAUUUGUUCGACUGAAUGGCAUUCUUUUUACACGUACAAGCUUGGAAACUUUUGCGGAAGUCUUCUCAAUGGUUAAAAAUGAUUUGUUGGAACUCCUUUCCUGUGGGCCAGAUGAGAAAUGCAACUUCGGCUCGGAUGCUGCUGAGUGUAGACUUGCAAUUGUCAGGCUGGUGGCCAUCCUCAUUUUCAGUGUUCACAAUGUAAAAAGGGAAAACGAAAAUCAGUCAUAUGCUGAUAUUCUACAGCGCUCAGUUCUGCUUCAAAAUUCAUUUACUGCUAUUUUUGAAUUUAUGGCCUGCAUGCUUGAAAGAUGUAACCAGCUAACAGAUCCCUCAUCGAGCUACUUAUUACCUGGGAUUAUGGUUUUUGUGGAGUGGUUAGCCUGUUGUCAUGAUGUUGCAGUAGGCAAUGAGAUGGAGGAGAAACAAGUGAAUGCCAGGUCUGUUUUCUGGAAGUACUGCAUUACCUUCUUCAAUAAGCUUGUAUCAAACAGUCAUAUGUUUCUUAAUGAAGAUAAAGAUGAAACAUGUUUCUCCAAUAUGAGCAAAUAUGAUGAAAGUGAGACUGCUAACCGUCUUGCAUUGCCUGAGGACUUCGAAUUGAGAGGAUUUCUUCCUCUUCUUCAUGCCCAACUCAUCCUUGACUUCUCAAGGAAAUCUUCUUUUGGAAUUGAUGGUAGCAGUAAGGAGAAGCAAAUCCGCAUCCAGAGGAUUUUUGCAGCUGGAAAGGCUCUUGCUAAUGUCGUCCAGAUUGGGCAGGAGGGAUUUUAUUUUGAUGCAAAGUUGAAGAAAUUUGUAACUGGUGUUGAACCUCAAAUUUCUGAUGAUCAUGCCCUCAUUGGUUCUUUUGAAGUUCCAAAAUUUAAUGGUAACACACAAGGAAAUUCGGUCGGGUCUCAAAUGUCUCUGGGUGCUAUGCAGCCAGAGCCACAUGUUAGUAUGGAAGGAGAGGAUGAGAAUGAGGUGAUCGUGUUCAAGCCAUCUGUAACUGAGAAGCAAGUAAACGACUUUGCUUCAAAUAUGACUUCUGUGGUUGCUUCUGGUGUGGACAAAUUUGAUUUUGGAAAUGAAAAUGGAUCAUUUCAUGAAAGUUUCCUCUGGCAUAAUGGUUUAAGCACCGGCAUGAAGCCACCUGCAACUAUUGCUAACAGCGCUGCCCACUAUCUGCGUCCAGUUCAACCCAGCACUCCACAGUGGCUGGUAGAACAAGCUCCUGUAAAUGGAUUUUCCCACUUGAAUUUAAUGGAAAAUAGACCUGCCAUGAAAUCUCAUCUGCAAGAUCAUUUAAGAGUUUCUCAGGCUGCUGCCGUUUCUGUUCCCUAUCCACCUUUUAUCAAUCCUGAUGCAGGUGAUUGUUAUCCCAUUCAGACCCCUCAGACUGCUUUAUCAUCGAAGUUUGAUUCCAUUAUUUCUUCAGGAGCAGCUGCUGACAGUCUGUAUGUGAAACCAUCUUUGGCCGGGUCCGCAGGCUUGAAGAAAAAUCCCGUGAGUCGACCUGUUAGGCAUGUUGGUCCUCCACCUGGCUUCGGUUCCAUGCCUUCCAAAUUUGUGGAUGAGUCAACGAAUAGUGUGAGCUUGAAAAAUGAAAAUCCUCCAGUUCCUCAAAUGGAUGAUUAUAGCUGGCUAGAUGGAUAUCAGUUGUCCUCGUCAAAUCAAAGUCUUGGAUUUAACCAUUCCAUUAAUAAUUCAGGGCUGAUGUUCGGUUCAGUGAGCAACAAUAAUAAUAGUUCAAUGGGGAUGUCAAGCUUCCCUUUCCCUGGAAAGCAAGUAUCCACACUGCAAAUCCAGGGUGAAAAGCAGGACCAUCAGUUUUCUGAACAUAUGAAGGUGUAUCAGGAGCAGCAGCAGCAACUUCAGAGAGGAGACAAAAAAUCUGUUGCACUGCCUCAGCAGUAUCAAGGACAACCUCUCUGGGAAGGUCAUUUCUUUGUGUGACCCGAUUUAGGGAGUAUUGACGGUUGUGGACGUGGGGCUAUUCUUUCCGCCAUUGCGUGGUUGGUAUUUGCAGUGUUGCGGGUACUUGCUGUUGAACAAGUAUGUCCCUCUUCUCCCCGUACUCUUUUUGGGUUUUAGAGUCUUGACGUGUUGGCCAAUUGCUUGUUUAAUUUUCUCUUCCAUUUUGUUUGCAGCUUAUGCCAUGUUCUUAAGACUGGUUGAACGGUGCUUAUGAUGUCAAUAGAUGCAGUAAUUGGAAAUUUUCUGCGCUUGAGUAUCUUGUCUAGUUGGAUUGGUUGGACAGAACUCUUCAGGGAUAUUGACUUUUGGUGGAUAAUGUAGAUGGAAUCAAGAGAAUUACUAGCAAUUUUCCACCUGGCGGUGAAGGACUUACUUUAAGUGUUAGUAGUUCCCCUCGUACGUGCCAUGAUGAGCAGUUUCAGCAGCUAAACUAUUAAGGUAGAUUAUCGGCGGCCACAAGUUUCUGCCUCAAAUGAUAUAUAUGAAAAAUCCUGAACAAAGCUUCCAUAAUAAUGGUAAAACGUCUGUGUUUAUUAGAUGGGAAUAAGUGUACGAUACUUUCGUGCUUUGUUACUUAAAAAAAACUUUUAUGGGUGAUGUUUUAGUUGCAAACAAAUGAACUUUGUUUGAGGAUUUUUUCUAGUCUGUAUGAAAUACAUAUUGCUGUUAUAUUUUCAUUUUGGAAUUGCAAUGGUAUCAUAUCACGUUAUGCUAA